AUGGCCUCAACUUCAAUUGACCCAUCCUUCUUCCCAACGCCCUCACCUCCUCCCCCAGGCCAGCAGCAGCCAGUCAAGCCACCUCCAAAUUCAAGUAAUCUAUACCUUGUUACCUUUCUUGCAACUCUUUUUCUCCUCCUCUUCGUCUCAUGCGCCAUCGUUCUGAGGUCCUAUGUCAUGAGACGCCGUCUGCGUCGUCGUAUCGAGGAAGCCCAUGCACUCGGCAUCGUUCUCACUCCACGUGCGCAGGGCUCGAAACGCAGACGCUUCGGUGCAAAACCAAAGAUGUUUGACGUCUGGAUCUCAGAAGGUGGUUGCAAGUGGAACGACAUAAUGCCGCUCAUGGCACAACCUCUCCUUGUCAAACGCCGGUACAAAGACAAACCUGCUCCACCAUCAUCGGAUCCCGAGGCCCCUGCAAACGAAUCUCCACCAGUUGACGUCCCCAAUUCCACGAUGCCACGUUCAGCUGUUGUGCCUUCGGCGAGUUCUCGGGCAGUCACCAUCAUUCAUUCCCUUUUCCACCGCCGCACAUCUCCGCCCCCAACACAACCGUUGAUCGCACAACCAGAAAAACCACUGUAUCGGAUACGGACCGAAAUGCUUCAAGUAGGCGUCUUGGUGGCGAUGCCAUCAAGACCAUUGUUAGACGACAAUUCCACGGAAAAGCAGUCCAUGCAGGAUGGCUACGACGACGAACAAAAUUUGCCAGAGCUUGUUAUAGGUGUUACCAGGAUGUAUUACCGCCCUCCCAAGACACCAUCGUACCCAUCAAUCACUUUCCGCCUUUCAUCGAGCCCAUGGGCCAUCACCAAGGGUGAAGAGAGUUCCUUGACCUGGGUCCUUCGACCUUUGCGGCGUCUUGAAACACACAUGCUGAAGAAAGAAAUUCUCAAGUACCUGUCAGCUAGUCCAGAAUCGGGUGUAAACUUCUGGACUUGA